CGUUUUAUGCUAGAAGAUGAAUUCACGCCGCCUGAUCGCGAUGUCAAAGACAAAGGGAAUGCAAUUGAGCUGAAAAGCACAGUGUUUAUGUGGGAUGGCGAGGGCAGCAAAGAGCCAUCCGAUAAACUUAAGCUAAAGGGUAAACAUAUCGGUAUAUGUGGUGCAGUUGGUUGUGGGAAGUCAUCCUUGCUGCAGGCAUUGAUCGGAAGGAUGCCGCUAAUUACAGGACAAAUUGCGGUUGAUGGUCAGGUGGCGUAUGCGGCACAACAGGCAUGGAUAUUCAAUGGAACACUCAGAGAAAACGUUCUCUUCGGAAAACCUUAUCAAAAUGAUUGGUACACUAAGGUUGUCCAAGCCUGUAGUUUGUACCAGGAUAUCCGCAUACUGGCCAAUGGAGACCUUACUGAGAUCGGCGAUAAAGGAAUAAACCUAAGUGGUGGCCAGAAACAGCGCGUGAGUCUGGCGCGUGCUGUCUACAGUAAAAGCGACAUAUAUCUCCUUGACGACCCAUUGUCCGCCGUUGACGUCCACGUCGGUCAGCAUUUGUUCCACAAGUGUAUUGAUAAAGUUUUGAAGAAUAAAACCGUUGUCUUGGUAACUCAUCAACUCCAGUAUUUAAAACACUGUGACGAAAUUUACGUUAUGGAUGAUGGUGAAAUAAUCGAGCACGGAACACAUGAUUCGCUGUUGGCACUGCAUGGACAAUAUACUAAAGUGAUGGCACAGUAUAAUUCAAAAAUGUACGAUAUCGAUACAACAGACGAUCACAGCAUAGAGGAAGAUGACACUUACAAGGAAUCAAUUGAUAUGAAAACAAAUCAGCAGCAGAAUGCCAAGAACAAAUCAAUAGCUGCAGCUUCGCUCGGUCAAAACUACGAAAAAGGUACUUUAACAAACAGAGAAACUUCAGCAGCUGGCGACAUCACUAGGGGGACAUACAUGAGCUACAUCAACGCAGGUGGCGGCAAAAGAGUGACAGCUUUGGUGCUCUUGCUUCAUAUGUGUUUCGCAUCUUCUGUUGCGUUCAGUGAAUGGUGGCUAGGAAUUUGGAUCGAACAGACAGUGAUGGUUAGGGCAUCUGUCAAGCUAUAUAACAAGGCCGUAAGAAGAAUUAUGCAUGCUCCAAUGCAGUACUUUGACGCAAAUCCGUCUGGUAGACUCCUAAACCGAUUCUUGCGGGACGUAGAUGAAGCCCUACUUCAAUCGAUGAUGGUGAUACUUCUGGCCCUCGUCACUACGACCUACAACUUCCCAUGGUUUCUCAUCGCAUUUGUUCCAAUUGUGUUUUACUUCUACAUUAUCAAAGUCAUAUCAUCCGUGUCCAUUCGUAAUUUCAAACGACUUGAAAAUGUGUUGAGGUCACCACUUAUAAACCAUGUGACCAUAUCAUGCAAUGGACUUAGUACCAUUGUUGCUUACUCACAAGAAAAAAACUUCAUUGAUAGAUGUGGUCGUUACUCGGACACGACUUCCAUGAGUCUGUUGUUGUUUGAAGCCAGUAUGAGGUGGAUGAGCACGAGAAUAGGCGUUGGGGGUGUUGCUGUAGCAGUUGUUACGACUAUCACUGUGCUGUUCACUAAGGGCACCGUGCCCACUGCCUUGGCAGCACUGUCUCUCACGAUGUCCGUCAAGGUGUCAUCCCUAAUCCAGUUCUUUGCUCGUAUGAUGAAUGAGACGGAAGCUAGAUUUACAUCUAUAGAACGAAUGCAUGAGUAUGAGAACACCGUUAUAGAAAAGGAAUCUGGGAUUAUGCAAGUGGACAAAAAAUGGCCAAAUGAAGGCAGGAUAGUAUUUUCAGAUGUGAUGAUGAAGUAUCGCGUUGACAUGGAUCCCGUGCUCCAUAACAUCAGUUUCGAUAUCCUUCCUAAACAAAAGGUCGGCAUUGUUGGCCGCACGGGAGCAGGAAAAUCAUCUCUGGCAGCUGCGCUGUUUAGACUGACCGACCUAUGUGGUCACGUGACUAUUGAUAACGUCGAAAUUGGCAAUAUAUCCCGGAAACGUCUACGUUCCAGUUUAUCGUCGAUUCCACAGGAUCCCGUACUUUUUGCUGGUACACUUAGGUAUAAUCUGGAUCCUUUUGACAUGUACACUGACGCAAAAGUGUGGGCAGCACUAGAACAAGUUCACAUGAAGGAAAAAAUGCAACUUCUUGACCAGACUCUUGACUUACGUAUCGAGGAAAAUGGAGAAAACUUUUCCGUGGGUGAACGACAACUUAUAUGUUUGGCACGUGCAAUCCUGCGACAAAACAAGAUCCUGGUACUGGACGAAGCUACAGCGUCAAUUGACACGUCUACAGAUGUCAUGAUACAGGAGACGAUCCGGGAGAGUUUCGCUGACUGUACUGUCCUGACGAUCGCCCACAGACUCAACACCGUCUUACACUGUGACGUCAUACUCGUCAUGGACGCUGGAAAGGUGAUAGAAAUGGGCAAUCCACAGACCUUGUUACAGAAUCCUUCUUCGCAUUUCAACAAUAUGAAUCGUGCUCAAAACAUGCUGUAAUUAGACGCUUGCUAUUGAUAAAUAUCCCUAUGAUGUUUUAUAUUUAACAUUGCCACUUUUCUUUGUUUGAUGUUUUUGAUUAAGCUUUAAUAAAAUUGCCCUGGUAUAUCAGAAAUACACUGUUGUACACCUAUGACGAUGUCACAGAAAUCAUGAGAAAGGCAUUUCAAUGCUUCCGCUAGGGAUCGAAUCAAGGAUCUCUUGACGUCUAGUUUUACUCUCAUACCGAGCCGAGCGGUAUAAUAUAUCAAGCAUUUACCAUGUUAUAUGAUUCAUGUUUCUCUUUAUCACAAUUGUAUGACACCACAUUACUAAUAAAAACCAAACAUAUGCCAGAUUAUCAAUGUAUAUAUCGCCAAAUUAAUAUGCACAAACGAUGUACACUUUGGGAACAUCUGAUAUGAUACUAGAUAUGAAGUGAGGUUCUCCAAAACGAUAAGCAUUUCCAUAAUGAUGAACUGAUAUUCCAAUAAUAACAAAGAACUCAUAGAAAUUGUUAGAUAAUUUGCCCUCUUCCUCCCCUACUCGUUCUUGCAACCUUAGAUUAGAUUAGGUUUAAAUGUUUGUAGGCAUAUUGGCGUUUUUAAGUGAUGGCAGUAUCAAGUCUAUCCACCAUCUUUAGGACAACUUUUCAGUCAAGAUGGCGGCGUUGUUACUAUGAAUAUCUCCAUCUUUUGGACU